AGAGUUUUGCCUGAAUCUCUGGCAGGAUUUUCUAUGUUUUUCUAUAGCCAUAAGUAACCAAGGUGACGAAGCCUGCAAACGGGCAUAAUUGGAUGCUGAUUCGAUGAAAAAAUUUUGUGUCUGAAGAAAAUCUUCGAAACCGUUCGCAACCUCGAAAGAUGCCCCAGGUGGACGUGCGGAGAAAGCCGAGGGACGAAGCGCGCAGGUAGUAUAGUGCGGCGUUGUGGAAAGACUCUCUGGCCAGACUCAAGCUCAGUCAAGCCGACACGUCGACAUCCCUGUUCUCCCUAAUUCCUCUUUACUCUUUAAUCCGACAGUCGUUCAUUUAUAUCUUGCCAUUUCUCUCAAAUACCUCUUGGUCAUGAGCACAUACCCAAGUCAAGCCCUGCCGCAGGGGAAUGGCGUCGCAGUCGAUUUCAUGUUUAAGCAAAUCUUGGACGCUGUCCAAAAGUCGCAUUUGGAAAUUGCUGAGUUAAGAGCUGAAACCCAUGAACUCCGUCAAGCUAAUGCUUCCCUGGAGCGUCAGAUUCGAGACGGCCUACAGAAUAAUGGCACCAGACUAGGCACUGGCUGGAACACCCCUGCACCAAACAGUCCGCAAUUGCGAGCCAAAUCACCUUUCCUCACUCCCAACUCUAUACCUUCCCUCGCAGUGCCUCCGAGUCUAUAUGUUCCAUCUCCAAUGAGUGACAACGCAUUGACUGCGUUUCCCUUUGGAGUCCGUGAUAUACCCGGUUUCUACGUCGUGAUUCCCGCCGGUGGCGCAGGGACUCGAUUAUGGCCACUUUCGCGCGAAGACCACCCCAAAUUCCUUCUCGAUCUUACGCUGAAAGGUCGCUCUCUCAUCCAAGCAACAUGGGAUCGUCUACUCCCUCUUUCCUCCGCCGCCCGCACUACCAUCGUUGCAGGCCCUGCUCACGUCAAGAGCAUAAACGAACAACUGCCCGACUUACUCCCGCAUAAUCUCUUCACUGAGCCUAGCGCGAAGGAUUCCAUGGCCGCCAUCGGUCUUGCAGCGGCCGUUUUAGCGAAGCGCGAUCCUGACGCUAUCAUUGGCAGUUUCGCUGCAGACCAUAUGAUCUCGGGUGACGAUGCCUUCCUCGCGGCCGUCGCAGAAGCGGUGGAGGUAGCGAAGAAAGACUAUCUCGUUACCAUUGGUAUCGCUCCCUCUCACCCCAGUACCGGUUUUGGUUAUGUCCGUCUCGGAGAGAAGCUCGGCAUGUCAGACGCACCUAAUGCGCGACUGGUCUCAAGUUUCAAGGAGAAGCCUGAUGCGCGAACUGCUGCCGCAUACAUCAAGACGGGAAACUACCGUUGGAAUGCUGGCAUGUUCGUGACGAAGGCGACCUUCCUGAUGGAACUCCUUAAGGAGUACAAGCCGGAGCUGCAUGGUGGGUUGCAGAAGAUCGCUGCUGCGUGGGAUGAUGAGAGUUUGAGGCAGAAGGCCUUGGACGAAGUAUGGCCUGACUUGGAGAAGAUUGCUAUUGAUCACGCCGUCGCCGAACCUGCAGCAACAGAUCGCAGAGUUGCUGUGGUGCCAGCAACGUUCGGUUGGGAUGACGUUGGAGACUUCUCAUCUCUGGCGGAUCUUCUUCCUGCCGAGUCCAACCAACCUCGUGUACUCGGUGAUAGCGGACUUGUUCUCACCGAACAAGUCGCCGGCGGCAUUGUCGUACCUGGGUCAGGAAGACUGGUGUCUAUGCUUGGCGUGGACGAUCUCGUUAUCGUCGAUAUGCCUGAUACGCUUCUCGUUACCACUCGUGCUCGAUCACAAGAAGUCAAACGGAUUGUCAAGAAAUGCCGUGAAAUGGGUUGGAAGAGUCUCCUCUAAACCCUCAAAUUCAAUGCAAAAGUUUCUUCGACCUUCUUUGCUUGCUACUUGAAUCUCGGAUUUGUUUCCAAGUGCUGUCUUUGGUCAGGACUUUGAUAGAGCAGGUCUUUAUCUUUUGGCACUUAACAGCUUAUCAUGACGGUGCUUCGGUGGAAAACUGGUGUUGGUACUUUGGACAUUGUAGUUACAAUGAAUUAUCUCUGGGUCUUGUCGUUCUCCUCACUUUCCUCUUAUUAAUCACAGCUCCGUUUCGUACUUCAUUCACUUGGAUACUACUACUUACAUUUGGACUAUCCGUAAUCAAAAUGAAUCGUCUUUCUCUCAACCUCUUGUCUGCCGUGGAGAAACAUCGAGGGAGAAAACCUUGCUACUAUAUGCGCGUUAUUUAACGUUGCAGGCUUGAAUACAACGCUAGUCAGAUAGACAUGCCGCCCGCCGACAAAGGGGCAACGCUGAUCGACCUGAUAAUAUGUGGGAGGCAGGACACAUUUGCGCAUCGUGCAAGCCGUACGGUUCCUCUUCGACGAGGGAUUUAAUAAGGCUAAGCAGAAAGUCUUUUCAGUAGCUGUCUCGUACCAUGACAGUGUAAUCACUGACCGUAUUGCUUAUCAAACUAUGA